UCAAGCGCGUGCAAAUUGUUCAGCCAGCCUAACGGCCCGGCGACGCCGGUGGACAUGGCAGUGGACUACUACAAGUACGACUACGAGUUCGCGGAGCCGCCGCGCGUGACCAGCCUGCAGAACACCGUCCCUCUCCCGACGUUCAAAGACUUUGGAGACGACGUCUACUUCGUUGCCGACCAACGGGGCUACGAGUAGUCCGUCGUCUACUACCUCGCCGGCCAGUACCUCAAGACCAACAAGUCCGGCAAAAUCGUUGAUCCCCGGUUAAAGCUCAACAAGGUGGUUCGAGAGAUCUCCUACUCCCCGAGUGGAGUCACCGUGAAGACGGAGGACAACUGGGUAUACCGAGCAGACUAUGUGAUGGUUUCUGCAAGCUUGGGGGUCCUGCAGAGUGAUCUCAUUCAGUUCAAGCCUCAGCUGCCUUCAUGGAAGAUUGUGGUAAUCUACCAAUUCGACAUGGCCGUGUACACCAAGAUAUUCGUCAAGUUCCCCAAGAAGUUCUGGCCUGAAGGGAAAGGGAGGGAGUUCCUCCUCUACGCCAGCAGCAGGAGAGGUUACUACGCAGUGUGGCAGGAGUUUGAGAAGCAGUACCCUGAUGCCAACGUCCUCCUAGUCACCGUGACCGACGAGGAGUCUAGGCGCAUUGAGCAGCAGUCGGACAACCAGACCAAGGGAGAGAUCGUGGAGGUGUUGAGGAAGAUGUUCCCUGGCGAGGACGUCCCGGACGCGACCGACAUCCUUAUCCCGAGAUGGUGGUCCGACAGGUUCUAUAGGGGCACCUUCUCCAACUGGCCAAUUGGUGUGAAUCGUUAUGAAUAUGACCAGCUCAGGGUACGUACUAAGAAUCCGAUCGACCCUUUUUUGUGA